AUGUACCCGGAAUACGCCGAGAAGUUUUGGAAGAAUUUGAAGAUCACUUACGACCUCCACGACGAGUCAACAUCGCCAAUUUAUGUUGAUGAAGCGGUGAUUCGAAGCUCAAGUCGGCCUCACGGAGCCCCUGGACCGGGUCUGUGGGGGGCUCAGACAUCAAUUGACGAAGGAAGUUUGCAUCAUCAAAGUCCAAAGCCAGUGAUAAGCCCCAGACUCGGAACCUAUAAUUCUAAAAGAAGAGACAGUCUUCCCGACAUUAUCAAGCUACGAGAUGAAAGUCUUCAAAAAUUUGAAAGAAGACUUGACAAUAUGGACUCACGACUUGAUAGAAUCGAGUCCGCCAUCGUGAAUUUGUCUAAUGCGCUGACAAGGCCUGCAACUCGAGACUCUAUCAGUCGAGAAAACGAAUUAAACGAACAGAAUGCUCUUCAUGAAACUCCCUAA